UCACCCCCCCAACACCAUGCGGCCGCGCCGGUUCUUCAUCUUGGUGCAGGAUUUCUCUGGGGGAGGUGGGGGGCAGGUGCCCCGGGGCAGCCUCCUGAGCCAGGCGGGUGAGCCCCCCUCCCCGGACUGCUCCUUCUGGGCCAAGCUGCUGGACACGGAGGCCAUGGUGCAGGUGCCGGCCCAGGCUGCGCGGGAGCUGAGCAAAGAGCAAGCCGGGAUGUUGCAGGCCGUGACCAACGGGGAUGAGCGACUGGAGCUCUUCAGACAGGAGGGGCUGCUGGGCAGGCGGGGGGCCCUGCGCCCGGGGGACCGAGUCCGUGUCCAGAUCACCUCGGCCUCUGGGGAGAAGGUCCGGGGUGUCCUGCGCUACCGGGGACCCAUGGGAGACAGCAAGGAGCAGGCUGGAGUCAUCUUCGGGGUGGAACUGGUGGGAUCAGCGGCUGGGAAGGGUUUCACCGACGGCUCCUUCAGAGGCCAGAAGUUCUUCUCAUGCCGGGAGAACUGCGGGGUUUUUGUGCCUGUGAGCCGGAUUGAGCCAGAGGAGGGGUCUGAGUGCAGCCCCCUGAUGGCUCCCCGGGGCAGCCGCCGGGCAUACACCAGGCUCCAGCUGGCCGCAGGGGACCCCCUCAAAUCUUCUCCACCCCUGGAGGUCGGCGAUCGGGUCUUCUUCAAGAUGGAUGACAGCACCCCCACAGGCACUGUGGUUUUCUGCGACUAUCUGCCCAAGAAGAAGACGACUGGGGUCUUCGUGGGGAUCUGCCUGGAUCAGCCCGUUGGCUCAUGGGAUGGCAAAUUCAAAGACCAAUUGCUCUGCCACUUCCCCUCUCCACAGUACGGGAUCCUCCUGCCAAUCGCCAAAGUACAUAAAGAAAAGGCUGAUGAAGGCCCCAAGGCCUUGAGUGAUGACCCCUCCCUAGGGCUCCUCGAUGACUCCCCGUCCCCCUCCUCCAUUCGAUACCCCCCUAGACCGGAAUGGGGGUCCCCUCAUAGCUCCCCCUCCUCCCUGUUGACAGGGGGCACCGAGGAGCGGGGGGAAGGGGAGGAGGAGGAAGGAGGGGAGGAGGAGCUGGCUUCAUCCCUGCUGGAAAUCAACUCUAUGGUGGAGGUGCACGACCCCCCAAUCUACGGGGUGAUCCGCUGGAUUGGGGAGCUGCCGGAUGUGGGGGAGACCAUUGCAGGGCUGGAGCUGGAGGAGCCGAUGCCCUCAGGCUGCACGGACGGGAUCUACCGAGGGAUGCGGUACUUCCAGUGCCCGCCUGGCAAGGCCCUCUUCGUCAAGAAACGCCACUGUCGGCCCGAUGCCCGCUUUGGGGUGCCCCAGCCCCCCGAGAACCCCGUGCUGCGCUGCAACUCACUGGAUUUCAGGGUCUACGCCAGCGAGCGGGUGCCGGAGGACACCCCCCCGGGGCUGGGUGAAGAGGGGGGUCAGCGCCUGACGGGCUGGAAGAAGGGGAUCCAGGGUCAUUGCAACUCCUGCUACCUCGACGCCACCCUCUUCUGCAUGUUCGCCUUCAGCUCCGUGCUGGACUCGCUGCUGCUGCGCCCCGCGGACAAGAACGACGGGGCGACUUACGAGGAGACC